UCUCUGAUCAAGAUUUCCGCCUCCGGAGAACCUUCCAUAUCAUCAACUACCUACCACCACCUGCUGUUGAGGUUGUCUAAGACGCCCGAGUCCGUUUUGUUUGACUCGUCCUACAACCAAAGCCCUUUGUUCCCCCCCAACAACCAGCUGCCGCAUAGGACGAGUUCUGAGGUUCUUCCUCUAACAGAGGGAGAGUCGAGGAGGCCUCGUCAGAUCACUUCGGGAUCACUUUGUUUCCGAUUUCGACCACCUUAA